GUGCAAAACGAGCGACCACACCGGUUCGGUAAGCUGUGGCAUCAUCGGAAGGCACGACGGAAGGUGAGAAUACUGAAGGCAUAGCAGAAAAAGACUCUAUACCCUUAGGAGGAAAAAUAAAUAGAAGAAGAGUGCGAGCGAUAUGGCGGCCGCAAACGCCAUCCUCAAAAUGGCGGAGCAGGAUGGUGCAGGAUUCGAGGCUUUUCUCCCAGAACGGAAGAAAAUGAGGAAAGGCGUAAUCACCGAAUGGGAAGACUCGAUAGAAGACUUGGAAGAUUUCGUAAUGCCAGGGCAAGGCGAAUUUAAAUUUGAAAGAAUGAAAAAAAAAGUAGUUAAGGAUGGUAAAAGUGCUUGGACUGAGGGGGUGGCGAUAUUAGUUACAGUGAAAGGGGACCGUCUGCCAACGGAUUUGAAAAUUGGCGCGGGCCAUGUAGCCCUACGUAUUUUCCCAUAUGUAGAGCAGGUAAAACAAUGUUACAAGUAUUUUGCUUACGGCCAUGUGCAAAUGCAAUGCAGAAGUUUGAAAAAGUGCCUUGUGUGCUUGGGAAGGGAGCAUGGUACGUGUGAUAAGACCCCAGUAUGUCUGAACUGUGGGGGCAACCAUACAUCCCUGUCUAAGACUUGUUGGGUUCAUCAGAGGGAGAAGUUAAUUAGAAAGGUUAUGGCUUAUAAGAAUGUUGCUUACGCAACAGCUAAGAGUAUAGUAGCAAGUCAGUUGGGGGAAAAUUGGGACGAGGAAGACAUUGGAAGGGACGGAGGCAGCAGAGAUUACCCCAUGCUGCCAACGAGAAGAACCGAGUGGUGGGAGGUAAAGGAAGUGCCCAUGGAGAACGAGCUGGAAUUGCUGAGGGAGGCUAAGAAGAAGGUGGAAGGAGGAAGAGUGGGAAUAAGAAGAUGGGAAAGCUUCUCCGAGAACGUGAGAAGGAGCCAGGCAGGAGGAAGGAGCAGGGGCAGGGGAAGGCUGAGACAGGAAGAGUAUGCCGUAGAGGAUAGGCUGCCCCGUGCCCAUGGUGUAACAAUGAAUGUGUCAAACAUGUUUGACCCCCUACAACAAGAAGAAGAUGGGACUGCACCGGAGGAAGCGGAGUACGUGUUUGGGGAAGGGCUCCCGGUGGAACGCGCCAUCAAGAAAAUGAGUAAGAUGGAACAGCGUGCCCAAAAAAGGAUCAUCGGGCAAUUGGAAAAGAAAAGGGACGAAGAGUUCUUGUCAGACCUGAUGAAGUUGAUAAAGGAAAAGGGGUACGAACAGGAAGUUGAAAAAAUGUUGAACGAUAAUAAAAGAGAAGAUCAGAUGACAGAGGAAGAGGAAUACGCGUAUUGGAAUACCACCAGGCAUAGGCCCAAUUGGGAUGUUCCCAUCCCGGAGAAGACGAGGGAAAAGCUGAGAAGGAGAAAGGAGAGAUACGAAGCUCAGAAAGCGGCAAAGGAGGCGCAGGAGCAAGCACUGGAGGACAUAGCGGUUCGAGCCCACCAGCAGUAUGGAUGGACAAAAGAAAGGGCAAACCAAGAAGAUGAUUAUAGAAGAGGAAGGUUAGAAGACCUUAUGAGAAGGAUCGAGGGGAGAAUAUGUGGAAACAAAGAGGACUCUAAUGACGAUCAAAGUUAUGGACAAUAAGGAAUGGUUGAGUGUGGUUUGUGGACGUAUGUUAGGUUUUUAUGUGAAAGCCAUGCGGGGCUUAGGUUUAUUUGUAGGUCUAGUUAUGUUAUUAAUAAUUAGUAUAGUUUUGGUUAUAUUAGCUAUCUUUUGUAAAAGAUAUUUUUCCACAUGGUAUUGCGAUUGGCUGUUUUCGAGAGCAUACGAGCCAAUUUUUGUGUUCCGUUGGGAUGAGUGGUCAUAUGGUUUGAGUCUUUUGACUAUUGUUGCGUUUACAGGUGAAAGAAGCUUAAGUAUGGAAAAAGGCCAAGAAUGGGUUAAGUAUUGUAGAAAAAGCAGGCUGUGUGAAGACGAGGGCUUGCCUCGGAUAGUAUCGCUGCUUGAUCACAUAGAAACGAUAUGGAAAGGUAUUACUAGUUUGUACAAUUUAAUUGAUUUUAUGGAUAUGUGUACAUGGGACCCCUUUAAGGGGCGGAGAUCUGUUGAGGGGAAACCCCACUUUAAGAGUAGACUAUGUGAUUUUGGCUUGAGUAACAUAAAGAUUAAAAGUGUAUUUUCUUGUA